AUGGAUCAUGUAAAUAACACCUGGACCCAGACUUUCAUCCUUGUAGGUUUCACUAUCUCUGAGAUGCAAGGAUCUCUUGCCUUCUUGGGGAUCCUGUGUGUUUACCUCCUCACCCUUUCAGGAAACUUGUGUAUCAUUUUUCUGGUUAAGACAGAUCCUGGACUCUCCACACCCAUGUACUUCUUUAUCAGUGUCCUGUCCUUCCUGGAGCUUUGGUACAUCAGCACCACGGUGCCCACCCUGCUGCACACCUUACUCCAUGGGAGUUCAUCAAUCUCUUCAGCCAUGUGCUUCACACAGCUGUAUGUUUUUCAUUCUUUGGGCAUGACUGAGUGCUACCUGUUGUGUGUGAUGGCAUUGGAUCGCUACCUUGCCAUCAGUCGCCCACUCCACUACCACGCCCUCAUGAGUACACAGGUACAACAAUGGUUAGCAGGGGCUACUUGGUUGGCUGGCUUUUCAUCUGCACUUGUGCCAGCCACUCUCACUGCCACUCUGCCCUACUGCUCCAGACAGGUAGGCCAUUAUUUUUGUGACCUGGACCCUGUAAUGCAGUUGGCCUGUGAGGAUACAGGAUUGCAAGCUCAGGUCUGUAUUUUGGUGAUUGCCUUUAUCACAAUUUGCAAUCUUGUUAUUAUUUUAGGAUUUUACGGGAGCAUUUUGAAAUCUGUACUGAAGCUGCCAUCAGCUACCAGUCGUGCCAAGGCCUUCUCUACAUGCUCCUCCCAUAUAACCGUAGUAAUAUUAUUCUUUGGUUCUGUUUUUAUUGUAUAUGUGGGGCCACCUGUGGUGCGUGCUGAGGGCAGAGACAAGCUUUUAUCCUUGGUGUACACUUUUCUUACUCCUUUUCUCAACCCUAUUAUCUAUACCCUUCGCAACAGGGAGGUCAAAGAGGCUGUUAAAAGGACCCCCAAAAGGAUUAGGAGUAUGCUCAGAAAACCUUGA